AAAUUGAUUAUUUUGUGCAUUUCCGCACACCAUUCAAAAACUAGUUUGUGAAUUUGUACUUUUUUGUGCUAAUUCUAUAGCUAACUAUGUUAUCUACAAAAUGACACCAAAUACCUUCUACAUUAAGUAAUAAAUGCUAUCUAACAUGGGUCAAAGUAUACAUAAAAAUGAUAAAUCAAAGUUUCUUAUAGAUAGUUUGGACAUGUUUAAUGUUACAGAAGCUGUUCAAAAUGCCCUCCAUUAUUGGUUAUGCACAUUGUAACAAUGUGUCGUUGAGCAGCGGGUCAUAUCCUGA